AUGAAGCUCCCAGCCGCCAAAGACGUGCACUUCGACAUUGACCAGUACCUCAACCGCUUCGUGCCCCACAACCGCAUCCACCGGCUGCCGAAACCCCUCUCGCGCUUCCUGGGAUAUCGAGCGGAGCCCGCACCGCCAAUCGGCAACAUCCUCCAAGCAGCAUGGGCUCUCAUCGGCGCCUUCUGCGGCCUCACCGUCGUGACGGCCGUCUACAAGUUCGCUCCCGGCAUAGCAAAACACAACCCCCCCGUCAUAAUCGCCAGUCUGGUACGCCCGCCCACCCCCCUGCACCACAUCCGCUCGAUCCCCCCCACCACCACCACCACCAUCCAACCAAACACUCCCACCAACCACUCCCCCACCCCAAUCCAGGGCGCCGCCGCAAUCCUCGACUACAACGUCAUCGCCACCCCCUUCGCCCAACCGCGCAACGCCCUCCUCGGCAACACCCUCUCCGCCCUCACCGGCGUCUGCAUCACCAAGCUCCUCAUGCUACUCACCGACGACGGCCCAUCGCCAUCCUCCUCCCCCUCCCCGUCCUUCACCGCCCACCGCUGGCUCGCCGGCCCGCUCAGCUGCGCGUGCGCGUCGGCACUCAUGGCCGUGACCGGCACCAUCUACCCCCCCGGCGGCGCCACCGCGCUGCUCGCCGCGACGGACCCGGCCGUCGCCGCGUUGGGCUGGCUGUACGUCCCGCUGGUGCUGCUGGGCUCGGCGCUGAUGCUGGCGGUGGCGCUGGUGGUGAAUAACGUGCAGCGGCAGUAUCCGGUGUAUUGGUGGACGGCGGGGAGUGUGGGGCGGGAGGAGGCGAAGGAGAAGAAGAAGAAGAAGAAGGCGGCGCGCAAGGCGGCGCGCGGUGUGGUGGAGAGCGGGUCGAGGCGGGGGGAUGAGGGGAAGGGCGUGCGGGGGGAGAUUGCCGUGGGUGAUGAGGAGGAAGAGGGGGAGGUGGAGGAUGUGGAGGAGGAGGAGGUGCGGGAUGGGGGGUUGGAGCGCAGGAUCGUCAUCACAGCGGAUCGCGUCUUCGUUCCGGAGGGCUUCGACUUCGGCGGCGUGGAUGCGCAACUUGUCGAAUCAUUGCAGACGAGGCUACGACGCGACGGUGGAGAUGCUUCUUCUUCUUCUUCUUCUUCUUCUUCUUUUCCCUAG